UCUUGUCUACCGUCUUUGCCGUUUUGCGCCCUUCACCCUGCCUUCCCCUUGGGCUGCGACGGCGAGACCAGGCCGCCAAACAGCCACAAAGCCAAAUAGCCCCGGCUAUAGGCUGGGGGAAAUCGUCUGCCCCUUUCCCAGUGCAGGAAAGAGAGACGUGCGUUGGGGCUUCCGAUGUGAAACUUCCCGCGUGCCCUGCUGACUCUGCCUAUGUGCGGGUGUGCGGGCCUGUGUGACGUAUAUUGUUCGGUUUUCACAGUGUGCGGUGUGACCUGUUGAGUGUACAUCUGCUGGUGCGACGCUGUACAGCCUCGAGUUCUAGCGAAGAGGUCACAGGCUUUUGAACAUUGCAGACGUGAACGCUUGCUGAGAACGUGCUGCUGGGAAGUCCAACGAGGCAUAGAUGGCGGCGGGAGAUGCAACGGAGUCGGCACAGCCGGCAGCAGAGACUGCGAGAGUGGAUGUUUUUGAGGAUGACGACGAAUUUGAGGAAUUCGAGAAUGAAGAUUGGGAUGAGCAAGAGGGAGAGAAAGAGGCUGUGGCUCAGUGGGAGGAUGACUGGGACGAUGAUGAUGUGAAUGAUGAUUUUGCGCAGCAGCUCAGAGCAGAACUGGACAGGGUGGCGGAAUCGUAGUGCAGAUGGAUGAUGGCGUGCUUUGGUGGCAUGUGAUGAGGGGAUGGAAGACCAACGCAGUUGGCACGCCUUUGAGUGACUGGCGUCCAAGAAUGUGCCAGAAAGCACAGGGCAUCGCCAUCUGACACAAUGGCAAGGAAUUAUGUGUGUAUAAUCCAUCAUCAUCACAUGGCCACGCUCAGGGCAUUUUGCCUGAUGAGUAGAUGAGAAAUAUGUUCCCUCUGCCUCUCUCUCUCUGGUUGACUAUGCAAUGAUCUAUUGCCCACGGGUUAAACCAGUUUUGGUCUGAGCUCCCCAAUGGACAGAGUAGGUUCAUCAACGUAUCAUCACAUGCAUAUUUUUGCCCCCACAUGCAUGAGCACGUGCAUGGACACACACACCCGUUGGCAGGGGUUGUAUAUUCUGUUACACACAGACACAGAGGUAUGUACACACAUACACACACACAGAGAGAGAGAGAGAGAGAGAGAUAGAGAGAGAGAGAGGAUCCGCCAAACACUGACUAGUGCUGAAAUCGAUAGCGAGGGAAAUUGGUGGCAAAUGGAGACCUCUGCUGGCUGGUUCCUUGAGAGCGACCACGCUGUAUCAAAUUUGCCUCUGAACAGCUGUGAUAUGAGAACUGAGACUAAUACUCUAAUUAGAGCAGCUGCGAAUGUUGUAGUUGAUGUAGUAACGAUAAAGCACACAGUCUGAGAUACAAAUAGACAUGGAAGAGAGAUCUGCAUGACAAUGAAACAGGCAAGGGCAA